GGGUUUACACCUCGGUAACCGUUUCCUCUGACUGUAGUUUAUCAAUCAAGUUUCUCUGGUUUCAACUUUGGCCUGAUGCUCUUGUUUGCAAAUUAACUUAACUGCGGCGAUGGUGAAAAUAUUUAUUGGGAAUCUCGCCCAAGAAACAGAGAAAGAAGAACUUGAGGCCCUGUUCGCUCCAUACGGCACAGUGACGGAAUGCGCAAAGUUUAAAAAUUAUGCAUUCGUUCACAUGGAUGACCGCAAGGCGGCUACAAAGGCCAUCCGAGAACUCCACUUCCACAAGAUCAACGGCCGACCCAUCAACGUGGAGCCCAGCCGAGGGAAGAACCAGGGUCCCAUGAAACUCCAUAUCGCCAAUGUCGAAAAGGGCCACGAGAACGAGCUGCAGCAGCUGUUUGAGGAGUAUGGCACAGUCUCUGAAUGUGCCAUUGUGAAAAACUUUGCUUUUGUUCACAUGCCCAAUGCCGACGAGGCCAUGGAUGCCCUGGAGGCUCUGGACAACACUGAGUUUCAAGGAAAGCGCAUACAUGUUCAGGUUUCAAAAAGCAGACCAAGAGGGGCUCCUGAGGAGGAUUACUAUCCACCUCCAUCCGGCAGAGGCAGUCAUUACCCGCCUCGUUACCCUGACGACAGGCACGAGCCUUACAGAGGCCAUAUGUCUGCUUAUGCUGCACCGCCUCCUCUGCCGCCCCCUCCACCCAGGCGUGGGGCUUACCCCGAGCGCUACAGCGACAACUAUGCUGGAAUGAUCGAUUACUAUGAGAAAUACCGGGCCUACAGCUCUCUGAAUAACGACAGGCGCUCCAGUGGUAUCCCUCCUCCUCCCCCGCCUUCGUCUGCUCUGGCCCAGCGUCUGGGCCUUGACACAUAUGAGCGCCGCCCGCUGCCACCACCUCCAUCGUAUAUGAGCCGGGACAGAAGCCCUCUGCGUAGGGCCCCGCCGCCCCCUCCACCCGCGGGUAAUGGCUACUCCUACGAGCGCUCUCGCCUCUCCCCUGUCUCCAAAGGCUCCUCUUACGGAGCCCCAAGGUCUCGAGAGAUGUACUCUGAGAGACUGCAACCAUCACCAGCUCGAUACGCCUAUUAGACUAGUCCAAGGUUUAGAAUAUGACAAGAUCGUCGUCGGCCGAUGCUUGAGGCGUAUACACCCCGGUCUAUGGCGGAUUGCGUUGCGUUCACCUGAGACUUGCUGGAAGAUGCUGAAUUGCGGACAGCGCUGUUCCCUGCUUCUUUUAUUGUUUAAAUAUCUUGAGGUUUUUUAAACAGACAAUGAAACUGACAAGUUAAUUGAAUAGGAAUAAUUUAUUCUAUUAAACCCUUUUGAGAAUCUCUUAAAUUUGAUUAUCAAAACACGUCAGUAAAAUCCUAGUUAGAAGUACUUGGUGUGGCAAGUGACCUCAUUGCGACAAAUAUCUUGGUUUUCCUCUUAUCUUUUGUUAUCUUGCGAAGAAAGAUUCAUAUUAUAUCAACAGUUAUGUCUAAUUUUAUUUACCUUUGUUUGAUUUCACAAGUUUUUCAUUGGAGGGCUUUUUAAAUAAACAAAUGCUACCAAAGUAA